AUUCUCCUUUAACGGCAAGAAUUAAUAAAUACGUUUAUGUACCUAGUCACGUGUAAUUUGAGAAACAAAAUAAUGGUCAUAGAAGGAAAUGUUUAAACAAUUGCAAUAAUGGUUAUUAUAUCAAUUAAUUCCACUUAUGGAUGUCUUUUGAAUUAAUAGUUUUAAAUAAUAAUGUUGACAUCAACAUCAACAUCUACGAUACCUUCUACAUCUAUUAGCGGCUGUAGAAUACCAAGUCCGAUCGGUGAUACAUUUGAUGAUAAUCCGAAUAGAUUAACAACAUACUUGCAUCAAAUUGCUGGCUGCUAUGAAAUGGAAGUUGAUGUGAUUACAAAAGAUCAUUGUUACGCUCGACCAUGGAACUGGAAACCAGAAAAUGUUUACGUAAAGCCAAUAAAAAAGUUAUUUUUUUCAAAAAAAAAUUUACCAACGGAGAAACCUGUCCAAGUUGAAGAAAUUGACAUAGAAGAAGAUUACAGCGAAUCGUUAAUACCGCCGGUAGAUUUAACAAGACCGCGACAUCAAAUGGACGAGCUUCAACGGUUAGCAAAUUUUGCUCGACCAGAUGAAAAUGCAGAUUGGGAAGAACGUCUCGACAAAAUUUUGUGGUCGCCUGUUCAAAAUCGACUAUUUACCAAAGCUCUUAAAAUAUUAAACUCGGAAAGACUGGCAAGAUUAGCGAAAGUAAAUAAUCCAAUAGAACCAGUUUUUCGACGAACGUCGAUCGACACGGCCACGAGACGUUUUCGAGAAACUUUGGCAUCGGCUGGUUGGGAUUGGAGACUUGCUCAAUGGUUGCACAGCUUGUUGUUCGAUCAUCUUCCUCAAGAAUAUCUUGGAAUUUAUCUUGAUAUAUUGCAAAGUCUAAGACUUAAAAUUCCUCAACUCAUCGACAAGAUGAUCGCUGUGCAGCCAAAUAUUAAUGCAAAAACGGGUUCUAUAACGUGGGAAACCCUUGGAUCGCUUCUCAAACGAACGUGGGAUCCGAUUACUCCAAGUUUAAAUAGCAAUAGACUUAAAAAAUUACCGGGAAAUCCAAUUUUAGUAAUAGCUCCUUCUGGAGUUGGAUCUAACAUUUCUUCUCGACAACACAAGUGGAUUUCACAAUUGGGAGCUUUAGGAAUGGUUGUUACCGUUCACACGCAUUUAGGUUUGGCAGCCAAUAGAAUGACAAUGAUGGUGUGCAUCGAUCAACUAGUUCAAGCUACAAGAACAAAGAUACAAGAUAUCAGAAGCGAUUGUCCUGGCCGACCAAUAAUACUUGUUGGUUUUAAUACCGGUGCUGCACUUGCAUGUCAGGUAGCACAAAUAGAACACGUGACUGCAGUUAUUUGUCUUGGCUUUCCUUUUUCCACGGUCGAGGGAAAAAGAGGUACACCCGACGAUACGUUAAUGGAUAUUCGGUGUCCAGUUAUGUUCGUCAUAGGACAAAACGCUACGCUUGUAAGACAAAAUGAUUUGGAAGAUCUUAGGGAAAAAAUGUUAGUUGAAACGGGUUUAGUAGUAGUUGGAACUGCGGACGAUCAUUUAAGGAUAUCCACGGCAAAAAAAAUAUCGGAGGGUAUUACGCAAAGUAUGGUCGAUAGAUACAUUUUGGAUGAAAUUGGAGACUUUGUAGGCAGUAUUCUUUUACAACCGCAUCCGCUACCAUUACGAUCAACAUUAUUAUCGAAUUAUGAAAAUAAAAACAACAGAAAAGAACCUCGGAAACGAAGGAAUUCAACUAGUAGCUCUGUUGAAAGUGAACCAAAUUCGCCGACUUUAAAAAAAUCUCGACCAAAUACACCAAUUUCUUCAGCAGUAUCCAUCGGACAAAAUAUGCCAUCGACUACAAUAUCGAAAGUAGGAUCGUCAAACUUAAUUGCAGUGAGUGGAACGCAUACGAGCCAUACGCAAACUGUAAAACGCAAACCUCGAAUUGUUAACAAUCAGAAAGCACAUUUUGUAGAGCAUUUAAUAACGUCUAGGCUUUCUGGAGAGCAAACUUCAAAUUCGGAUAAUAGUGGUAUAACAUUAAAUAUUGGUUCAUUAGCAAGUUUAGCGCCUAUUGGUCCAAUACGUUUAGCACCGGCAUCGUCGGGUCAAUCUAUGUCUACUACAAUUAAAAGUACUCCGAAAUCUUCAGUGUCGUCAACUAAAGUGCCUAAAAUUAUACCAACAAAUGUCCAGCUGCAGAAUGUUUCGAAAAUGAAAGCAAUAGUUUCUUCGAGCAAAGGAUUUUCGAAAGUAAUAUCAAACAAUUACAGGCAUUUUAAUAUACCUGACAAAAAUGGUGAUGCAAAACUGGUCAACGUUUUAACAACAUCGGGAAACCAAAUUAGAGUUAAUACUCCAACCACUACAGCAAUACAUAGUAAAUGUAUGGUUGGUACACCGAAUGGAAAUUUAUCGACCAUCUUACAAAAUGGGAAAAAUUCUCUUACGCUCGCCACUAGUUCAUCGCCUGCACGUGUAUCAUCAGCUUCUAGUAUCCUAUUGACACCAAACAAUUCUGUGGCAACUAGUAUAACACCAACUACAUCUACGAUAUCAAAAGUGACGGACAACAUGGCAACAACCAGUAAUUCUUCGCAUGUGAUGCUCAGUUCUACACAUUCAUUGGAUACGUUCAAGAUGUCACAAUUACCUCGACAAGUAACAACAUGUAAUAACAACGAUAACUCUCAUAAUACAUCAUGCGGGAAUAUAAUUAUGGUUGAAAGUUCUAUUAAUGCUAAACCCGCUUGUUCAUCGGUAAUAGUACCGUUAAAUAGCCAUAAUUCCGGGACUAUCUUACCACUGUCUAAUAAACUCAAAACUACUCAUAAAUCUAUGAAAACAAUGCCAAAAAUUACAGUCAAUGCAUCUAGUUUACAAAGAAUUCACAAAGCGAAGCCUCAGACAGUACAGAAGAAUUGUCUUGCAAAUAAUAUCGACGAUGACUUAGGAAACAUAUUAGACAUACCGAUAAUUUUUGCAAAGGAUGAUGAUAAUUUAAAUUCUAUCGAAAAGAAUCCACCUUUGUCGCACGUAGCCGUACCUAUGGAUAUGCAUGAGAAAGGUACAUCUAAACUGAAUAGCAACACUAAAGUUGUUCUCAUAAGCAACAAGCAAGACAAGCUACAGCAAACAACUAAUAAAUUUGUAACACCUUCUACUCAAACUAUCAUAUGCCCUAACGUAACUGUACAAAACCUAAAUCACGUAAUAUUGCAGACAAGACCUCAAAAUCCUACCAUAUCCAAAACGAAAAGUACAAUACCUAUACAAACCCGUGCAAACCAACCUACUAUCAAAUAUACUAAAAUAAUUCUUGCAAAAAGAAAUUCUCAACCAUCUCAUCAAACUGAUAAAAACGAGUCGGUUAUUGUUACAAAGACAGUUGACAAAGUUAAUACAUCUAAACUCUUGAGUCUUGACAAAAAUGAACACAAAUAUGCACAAAUCGCAUCAAAGCAAUUAAUAAAGAACGAUGAUAAGUUUAGAGACGAAUUGUUGGAAAUAGAAGAUGCUAUAAAAAUGAAUAUUAUAGAACGUAAAUAUAUACCUAUGCAAAGAAUUGAUCUAACAUCAUCAACAAAUCGUGAUAAUGUAGAACAAAUUUCGACUGAAACAAAAUUAAAUGUAAAUGAAGAGACUAAUUCACAACCUACCAGAGUUGAUGAUGUAAUGACUUUAUAA